AUGAUUAGUAUUAAAUCCAAUGAGACUGAUACACAAAUGAACCGGAAUGUUCAAAGGCGCCAUGAUGUCCAUUUUGGUGACGCUAUGUUAGGAUUAAAACAGUUGAUUACGUCACAUGAACGUAACUACGGAAAGAAGCACAGCAUAAUAAAAGCAAAACAUACUCAUGGUAGUGGUGAUUACAGGAUACUCACACCUGUGAACGAAGAACCAGUUGUAUUCUUCGCAACGCUCGGAAAACAUAUCAUCAACACAGGGGUUCAUCAAGUAAUUCCUUUCGAUAACCUCAUUACCAAUGUUGGCAAUGGCUACAACCCUCACGCGGGUGACUUCCGAGCGCCUGUCGCUGAAGUGUAUGUGUUUUCAGUGAGCCUGCUGACAUACCACGAUACAACAUCUGGAGACUAUGCCGUCUGGAGAAAUGGUACCGUGGUGUCCAGUAUGUACCUUCGUGGAGAAACUGGUUCUCAAACUGUUAUAUUUGAACUCAGCAAAGGUGAUGAUGGCGCUGUUAUUUGUUCGGAAGCGAAGUAUGAAAGCGUCGGAGGCCACGGAUACAGCACAUUUGCAGGUUUUCUGUUGCAAAAGACACACCAUAGUUCUAAUCUUGUUGGCAGGAAAUAA